UUGGCUUGUGUGGCAGUCGCAGUGAUUGCACAAGAUACGCAACCACAACCAGGAGUAGGCGGUGGCAGGCGAAGAGAUAAGAAACAGAAAAAGGUGAUGAAAAAAUCACAGGAUUGCGGAGAAUGGACAUUUGAAGGAUCAGAAUGUAUGCCAAAAGAAGGCACAUGUGGGCUAGGGUUAAAACUGGGCAAACGAACAGGGGACUGGUGCAUGAUAACAGAAAAGCGUUUUUUCUGUAAAAUACCCUGCCCCGGGGAACCACCUUUAGCUCCAGGUGAAAGUGAUCUCAUAAUGAAGAAAAAAGGGGGACGAAAACCAAAAAGGAAAGGUCGUGGAAAUGUUUGUAAAUACAACAGAAAAACAAAAGAGUGUGGUGAAUGUGAUACUGUAACCAACACCACCACAUGUACGCUACAAUUAAAGAAAGGUCCAGACACAUGCGCAGCUACAAAGACAAUGACGAUUAACAGGUGUAUCGUGCCCGGUGAAGGUGGCAGGAAAAGGGGCCGAGGGAAGGGACGUGGGGGUAAACCAUGUAAGUACAUGAAACCCGCAUGGGGAGACUGCAAUCCAGAGACAAACACAAUGUCCAGAACGCUCACCUUGAAGAAAGGGGAUGACACCUGUGAGCCGACCAAGGUUGUCACUAAAAGAUGCAGAAGGUCAGCAAGACAAGCUAAAGCUUGCAAGUACCAGAAGGGCGCGUGGUCGUCAUGCGCUGGAGAUGCCACCGAACGCACCAGAACACUUACUCUAAAGCGCGGUAAUGAAACUGAAUGCGAAGCAAGUAAAACUCAAACUAAACCGUGCAAAGACAAUUGUACUUAUGGGCCAUGGACACGUGGAGAGUGUUUGGACGGCAAACUUACCAAGACAAGAGAUGUGUUGAGCGGGGAAGGUUGCAAACGCACAACAAAGACAAAACCUUGUGGAAGGAAGGGAUAA